AGCCCAAGUCGGCGUCGUUUCAAAACAAAACCCUAACCCAGUAAUCGCUUCUCUUCCCUCCUCGAGUCCACUCAGUCUCUCUCUCUCUCUCUGUCAUAUUAACAAAAACUCACAGAAAACCAAAAACAGAGGGCUUUUCCAUUUUGAGCCUCUCUAAGAGAACACACAGAAAAGAGAGGCAAAAAAAUAAAAGAAGAUAUGGAUUCAGACGAAGGAAAGCUAUUCAUAGGAGGCAUAGCAUGGGACACCAGCGAAGAAACCUUGACUGAGUACUUUACCCAGUACGGUCAAGUCACCCAAGCCGUUAUCAUGCGCGAGAAACCCACUGGUCGCCCUCGUGGUUUUGGCUUUGUUGUCUUCUCUGACCCUUCUGUUCUUGACCGUGUCCUCCAGGAUAGGCACACCAUCGAUGGCCGCACCGUGGAGGCAAAAAGGGCUCUAUCAAGGGAAGAACAGCAAACUUCCUCUAGAACUGGAAAUUUUAACACUGGCAGAACCUCUGGAGGGGGAGGAAAUUUUAAGACAAAAAAAAUAUUUGUUGGAGGAUUGCCUUCCAACCUGGCAGAAGAUGGAUUUCGUCAGUAUUUUGAAACUUAUGGACAAGUAACUGAUGUGGUAAUAAUGUAUGACCAGAACACUCAACGGCCUCGUGGUUUUGGUUUCAUAACAUUUGACACUGAGGAUGCAGUUGAUAGAGUUCUUCAUAAGACCUUCCAUGACUUGAAUGGUAAAUCAGUCGAGGUAAAACGAGCCCUUCCCAAAGAUGCAAAUCCAGGUGGUGGGGGCCGUAGUGGGGGCUAUCAAGGUUAUGGGGCCUCUGGUGCAAAUACAAAUACGUUUGAUGGUCGAACAGAUGGAAGUAGAUAUAUGCAGCCUCAAACUGCUGCAGGUGGUUUUCCGCCAUAUUCUGGCUAUGGUGGAGCAGGUUAUGGUUAUGGAGCUGCUAAUAGUGGAGUCGGUUAUGGUGGUUAUGGCAGUUAUGGUGUUAGUGGUUAUGGAACUGCAAAUGCUGGAUUUGGCGGUCCCAUGGGGGCAUAUGGAAACCCAAAUGCCCCUAAUGCUGGUUAUGGAACUGGGGGGCCAGGUGCAGUAAAAAAUACUUGGACAAAUCAAACUCCUUCUGGGUAUGGCACAUCAGGCUAUGGUGGAAGUGCUGGGUAUGGAACUGCAGCCUGGAAUGCUCCAGGUAGUGGUGGUGCUGUUUCUGCUCCAAGGGGUCAAUCCCCAAGUGCAGCUUCUGGGUAUGGGAAUCAAGGCUAUGGAUAUGGUAGUUAUGGUGGAAGUGACGGUUCUUAUUCUGGUGGGUAUGGGGCUACAGGGGGACGUGCUGGAAGUGCCCCAAGUAGCAAUGCUGGUGGUGGUGCUGGUGGUGGAGAGCAACAUGGAAUGGGUGGUAGCUACAUGGGAAGUGGCUAUGGUGACACAAAUGGAAAUUCGGGGUACUCCAAUGCAGCAUGGAGAUCUGACCCUUCACAAGCCACUGGGGGUUAUGGUGGUGGAUACGGUGCUGCUCAGUCCAGGCAGACUUAACAUUAGUGAUCCAAUGGUUUGAUUUUCUGUCGAAGGAACUGUUAUGCAGGAGGUUGUACUUGCUAUUAGCAAGGAUGGCAACGGAAUUGAGAUUGUUUCGAUUACUUUCUUCUCACUGGUGUAUGCAACUGGUUUGAUUGCUUUAUUUCUGUUAGUAUAUUGUGAUGGGUAGUUUCUAUUAGUAGUUUUAUUUGUUCUAUUACCUUUAUAUAAGGAAGGUUUGAAGUUUUGCUAUA